GGGUUCAUUCUCUGCAGCCAUUUAAUGGUGGAGUAAAGAAAUCCACUGUUUUGUUUUUAAAUGGGGAAAUUAAGCGUUUUCUCUCUUGUCAUUUUGGCGCUGGCGUUGCUGCUCGGUCAGAGGAUCGUCACCAUACGCAGGAGAUUCCUCGUGGAUAGGGUGGUGGCCAACAAUCAUCUGCAGAACUGUGUGGAGCUCAAACACCUGGAUCAUGGGGCUGAGGAUAUAACCAUCGUUGGAGACGGCCUUGCUUUUAUCAGCUCUGGACUCAAGUACCCUGGAUUACCAGUUUCUGAUGUUACUGGGAAAAUCUUCCUCCUUGAUCUGCACGAUCCCCGCCUGAAGCCUGUGGAGCUUCGUCUGCCGUGGAACUUUGAUGUGGAAUCCUUCAACCCUCACGGCAUUAGUGUUUACAUCGACCCAAGCGAUGACUCAGUGUUUCUGUUCGUUGUCAAUCAUCCUCAACAUAAAACCCAAAUCGAGCUGUUCAAGUAUAAAGAGGAGGAUCGCUCCCUUUUGCACCUCAAAACUAUCAAACAUGAGCUGCUUCACAGUGUAAAUGAUAUCAUUGCUGUUGGACCUGAAAGCUUCUUUGCCACCAAUGAUCACUACUUCUCCAAUGAUCUCCUCAAAUUUCUGGAGUUUUUCCUGCUCCAGCCAUGGACCAAUGUGGUGUUUUACAGCCCAAAGGAGGUCAAAGUGGUGUCUGAGGGUUAUUACUUUGCCAACGGCAUCAACAUGUCUCCAGACAAACGACACGUGUAUGUGGCAGACAUCUUUGACCACAACAUCCAUGUUUUAGAGUGGAAAGAAGACAACAUGCUGACCCGUGUGAAGACUGUAGACGUGGCGUCACUAUGCGACAACAUCGAGGUUGAACCCGAGUCUGGUGACCUCUGGCUUGGCUGUCACAUCGACGCAAAGAAGGUUUUUCUAUUUGACCCUAAAGACCCACCUGGAUCAGAGGUUAUCCGCAUCCAGAACAUCCAUUCUGAUCAGCCAGUGGUGACUCAGGUGUAUGCAGAUGAUGGGCAAGUCAUAAUGGGCUCCUCUGUGGCGACGGUCUAUGGGGACAAGCUGCUCAUUGGAACUGUUUUUCAUAAGGCGUUGUGCUGUGAUUUCAAGUAAACAAUGGUUUCCUUUGUGGAUGCAUUAUAAUAAAAGAGAAGAUUUCCCUUUUUCUUUUCUUUUAACUCAAAGUAUGACCGUGACAGGAAGAACGCCAUGCUGUUAGAAAAAUGAACACGAGGAGCUCAUCACAGGAUCAAAGUUCUGGUGCUAGUGUGCUUAGAAAGGGGAAAAGAAACUUAGACAAAAAUUGUUUUUUCACUGCUUGGGGAAAAAUUUGAUUAUUCUCUUUUUACUCAGGGUGUUUAACGUGUUUAAAUCUCAGCUGUGUUAUUAUUCUUUGUGUUUUUGACCAGAAAUAAAAUGUAAAAGUGAACAAAA